UCCUUCAACAACCGUUGAAGAACCAAGAGUAUGCGUUUGGACCCCGUGGCCCUGUGACAUCGAGGCACCUCAAUUUAAUUACCGAAGUUUGAAAUAGGAAGAUUUGUUUUAAGAGGGGGAAACUACUCGUCUGAUUUGUUUGGGAGCUUGGCAUGAAUAGACGCGUAUUUGGGGAAAUGUGUGGACUUCAUAUCUGGUGCCAUUUCAUCAGCGAAGAUGGAGGCUAACACGCCAAAUUUCAACAAUGACCGGUAUGUGAGCUAUAAUGGCACGAUGAACGAGACGAAAGCCAACGACUACAUAUAUGUUCGUGUCUGUGUGUCAGCAGCAGCCUUCAUUAUUUUGGCUUGCUUCAACAUUGUCAUCAACUGUAUCAUCCUACGCGCGGAGAGACUGCGGAAUCAUGCGCGCUUCGUACUGGUGUUCCACCUGUUACUUUCUGCGCUCAUCUAUUUCGCCGUGUGUUGGGGAUUCAAUCUGCAGAUUUACCUGAAAGCUCAACUAAAGGCAUCCACGUGCGCCACACUGAUAACUGUACUGACCACAAGUGCGUCCAAUAUCCUCCUCACCUUGACGGUGAUGGCAGUGGACCGGUACUGGGCGAUAUGUUUUCCUUUGCGAUAUAGCAACUUGUGUACACGGAAAUGGCCCUGGCUUCUGGGACUUCUUACCUGGGCCCUUGCAUCCAUAAUACCCCUUAGUCUUUUCCCAUGGACAGAGAGAGGGGACUCGAAUAGACUCUGUGGAAGAGAAGAUCUGAAAAAAGGAGAACUACAAAAAAUAUUAUUGAUCACCGUAUGUUUCGUCAUUAUUCUCUACAGUUACGUCAAGAUUGGUCUUGAGGGGCGCCGGUUAGGCGUGUUAAACCGGCACAAUAAGAUCGGCUGCAGGACUAUUGCUUGGCACGGGCUUCAGCUCGCUGUCUAUAUCCUUCCAAACUUCAUUAACUAUCUCCUGUACAUUUUGAAAAAGUAUGAGCACAUUCACGAGGACGCAAAAGACUUGUUUGCAGUGGUGAACUUCGCGUUCUUCAGUAUAGCGCAAUGCAUUGCGCCAAUUGUAUACGGACUGCGCAAAGAGGAGAUUGUGGAGCAGUUGAACCAAGACGGGUUGUGCUUCUCCUGUCCGCUUAAAACUGUUGUGGAGUGGACUGUUCGUCUGACAGAACCCAAUCAUCAUUCCCACUCACGGGAGAGACGACUCACGUCUCAAACUCUGCUCUCACUAGAACCCCUUCGUCCCCCUGUGUGAACGACUACAGACAAACAUCCUGCAAGAAUGUUUAGAGACCUGUUAUUUGUUAUUACAUGAGAGACAUGUGUUACUCAUGGGCUCUCUCUCUGAAUGUUUAACACUCUGUAAAGCGCCAUGAGACGUGUAAUGUUUUGGUGCUGACAUAGCCUAAGUGAAAUUAAAUUGAAAAUUGAAAAUAUGACAUCCGAUCAAACAGCUGAUCAUAUCAGUGAUCAGACUCAGAGGGGGGGCUUAAACUGUGAAUAUGUGUGAAUAUGGAAAAUGCAUCACUAUGUGGUACGAUGUAUAAACCAUAGCCUUUUAAUUUAUUAUCAUUAUUUCAAUGUGAGCCAUUGAGAACCUGUCUGACUAGAUUUCUCUAGUUCUGUUGUUUAUCUGUAACCAAACAUAUUAUGUGGUUAUUAAAAGCAAGGUGUUAUUCUG